GCGAAUUCGAAAGGCGGCCAGUUGCUGUUCGCGCGUCGUAUGCGUCGCGUCACGGGUGUAUCGUGUCCCGAGAUACCGAGCGGCAGGCGAAUUCGAACAACGUCGAAGUGGGAAAAUCCGUGGAAACAGGUCGUGAUGGUCAACGACGUCGCACGUCGUCAUGGAUGUAAUUGGACGUUUCCGGUCGAACGAAGGAAAAUAACGACGAGGAUGACUUGGAUGUAGUGGAAUCGUAGUCUCGAACGACGAGCGGUGAAACGGCUCGGUCGGAGAGAAGUGGUUGAUCUCGAUCGAAGUGGCAAUAUGACAGACAGAAUCACGUAGUGGCGCGUGGCGUGUCAGACCAACUGACACGGGACUCUGAGUGCGUUCUUCGAUUUCGUUUCGGAAGCUGGAAAAUCGAGGAAACACAUUCGUCGCGGGAUAUCCAGGACGCGGGCAUGUCGGGACGCGGGAAUUCGGGUCGUCGACUCGACGUAAAAUCAGCUGAUAUCGACUCGGUUUGAGGCGAGCCGACGUCGAGAGGAAGAGGAGACAAGAGGGAGGGGGGGAUAGAUCGAGAAAAAUGGAAGCAAGGAGAUUCGUGUUGGGAAGCGCUAUCCUCGGACUUUUCUGGAGCGGAUUGUUCAAGGGUGCCCUGACCAAUUCGACCAACAGAUGCGACUAUCCUCCCUGCUCCUGCGAUUCUCACGGCAGGCUGACCUGCGACUGUAAAGAGGAAGGAGAGGAGCUGGUGUUAACCACGGACGGGGACAAAAGGUUGAGCCCGCACACGAGCAGGAUAGUGGUGAGCAAUUGCUCGUCCGUGAUCCUGGCCAACUCGAGCCUCGCCUCGAUGGUCGGUCUGCGCGCGAUCGACCUGAUCAACGUGGCGAACCUAACCCUAGUCAGGCAGAGUUUCGAGCUCUCCCCUCAAAGUACGCGCACGUGGAUAUCGGUGAGGAACUGCAGCAUCGACACGAUGCCCAGUUUCGUGUUCCGGGGGGACGUGGAGGCGAUCAUCCUGGAGAACGUGAGGAUCGGCCAGUUGAGCGCGUUCUCGUUCGCGAAUCUGGUCCACACGGAGAAACUUAGGCUGGAGAACUGUCGUAUCGAGAGCAUAGAGGCGCAAGCGUUCAAGAAAUUCGACGUGGGCCACUUGCGUGUGAUCGGUACCAGGUUCGGGGACCAGGUGCCGAGCAGGACGAUGAACGACAUCGAGGUUUACCACACGUUCAUGUUGGACGGCGUGAGGAUGGGCACGGUGAGGAGCGAGGCGUUCAUCGUGAGGAGCCCGCGGACAGUGGCGAUACAAAAUUGCGUGGUGGAGAGUUUGGAGAGCGAGGCGUUCGACGUGACCGCGAGGGGGCCUGUGAUCGUGAAGAACAACACUUUCGGUAGCCUCUCCAUAGGCGCUUUCCUCGGUGUACGAGCGGACGCCGAAGCGAGAGUACAACCGGCCGCCUCUCUCCACGACCUCAUCUUUAAGAAUAACAGCGUGGUCAACUUCGAGGAGGGUUCGAUGAUGUUCGACCGAAAUAGUUUUCGCCUCGAGCUCGACAACCUGUUGGUCGGUCGAUCGUGCGACUGUCGCAUGUUACCCAUAUGGAAGAACAAUAUUCUCAAUUACACCAACGUCUACUCCAGGUUUUACACCAAACAGAACACCGCCUCCUCCUCCUCCUCCUUCUCCUCCUCCUCCCUCGUCUCGAGCCAAGACACCCCGAUCAACGAGACCCCGGAGACGUUCCUCUGCUACGACGGCGAAACGUCGAGCGGCGUGGCGAUCAGCUUCGUCGAGUACGAGACGCGACAUUGCUCCCUCGGUGGCUCCAUCCUGGUGUUCGUGCUCCUCAUCGCGGUCCUCCUCCUCCUAUCGAUACUGAUCGCCUGCCUGAUCGUGUGGUGCUGCAGGAGGCGACGUAGGAACAGCAGGAAAAAGUGGAUCAGCGUGCCGAUGAACGCGCCCGACGUCGUGUCGAAAAAGAACGGGGUGAUCGGCAGAGAGGCGGCUGCCUCGGCCACGCCGGUCGACAGCCGGAUAACGAUGGUCGUGCCGGACGGGAGACUGUACAGGGAGACGGAGUUUCACGUGAUCGUGGAGAAGGCCGAACCGUUGACCACGGAAUUGUAACGAGAAGCUUGGAACGGCUCGGCGACCACGACCAGGCCUCGAGUCGAGCAACGAUUCGACCGCUCCAACGCUUCGAGCCGUUUUCGCGUCUACAAGCUGUGAAUCCACGAACCGAUGUAACGAUAAUAAUCGCCUGUGCGCGUAGAUUCCAUCCGCGGAUCGGACCAACUCGCGUACACCGGUCUCUCCGGUGCGCGUAACGCCCAUCCAUCCCUUUCCAAACUACGAGCGGACUACUCUCUCUUUCUCUCUCUCUCCGAGCAACUUAUCAACGAUUAUCAACUCGCGUUGACGAAGAAACAGAAUGAGAGAGAGAUGUCGAAUCUCUCUCUCUCUCUUGUUUUCAAUUUAAUCCUUCUAGUACAAGACAGUUCGUAAGCUUCCAUUUACAUAUCAAGAACGAGCAUCGAUUAUCCAUCCAAUCCACCCCCUCCCCCCCUCGUUUCCUUUUCUUUUCUUUUCACGUGUUCUUUCCACCUGGUCACGUACACUUAUCGCACCUCUCGCUAAUUAGAGAGAGAGUUUCCCUUUCGUUUUUUUUUUUUCACGAGCAGGUCGCGUGGAUGGAUAAUCGAUGCGCGUUGUUAGUUAAGUUUAAGCGCGUUAGUUAAAUAGCUUCCAAAAAAAAAAAAAGAAAGGAGAAGAAAAGAGGGCCAGUGUCGUUUCGCGAAGAUCGAAGAGAAGCUUGGUCGAAGCGAUGCGACGGAGGAAGGACGGGGAGCGACGACGACGACGAAGAUGAUGAUGAUGAUGAUGAAAGAAGAGGCGAGUACAAAGGGGAGUGAUCGAAACCGAUAACGGACUCGGUGACGUCGCGUUCGAGAUUUUCUUAUCGGCGAUCAUCCGUCGAACGAGUGUCGGAAAGAUUGCGACGAUCGCACGUUCGAUCGGAAAGCAGUGUGCCAUUCCAGUGUGCGUUCGCGUGCUUCCGUUUAAAAAUGGAGCGAAGGAAGGCGAAUUAUUCGUAAGAAAAUUAUUCGAAGCGAAAACUGUUCACUCCCUACGCGAGAAUUUUCAUCGAGAAUCCCUGUAUCAUAUUCCUCCUUCCAAUUCUAAUCGCGUUUCUAAUCGUGCUUGUAACACAAUAAAAACAGAUAUUACCUGACACCCCUUGACAAUACGAGAUAAGAAGAAUAUCGAAAAAUAUAUCUGAAAUUAUUAUUAUUACUCCGAGCGAGUGGAUGAGAACGAUAAGACAGAGAAGACUUCUUGUACAAGCCCUACGUACCAAUGAAAUCUACGUUACACGCAAAUUUGUAUUCCGUUCCCGAACCGAGCGUGACGACAACUCACGAUCCUUCUCCUCGAGUGUUCACAAAACUCUUUCUCGUUAAUUUAUUGUAUUAUUUCACUACGAUUUCAUGUUUAUUUAUGAGCUCUGGACUUUGGCCAAUAAAUUGUUGUUACUGUUAUCA